ACAGCAAGUUUGCCUCUGUUUUUAGUAACUUUUGCUAUACUUGUGCCUCGUUGAAAAAACUUUAUUAUCUGUUAAAAAUACAUUUAAUUAAUUAAUUAAUAAUUGGUGUCUAGAUUUUUUAUUUUUUGUUUUAAAAAAGAAAAAAUACAAAAUGACAACUCUAAGAUUGCCUCCACUUCCAACAGUACGUGAUCUAGUCAAAAUGUAUCGUUUAAAUGCAGUGAAACAACUGUCGCAAAAUUUUUUGAUGGAUGAGCCGACAAUUGCAAAAAUUGUGAAAAAAGCUGGAAAAGUGAGAGACGCACACGUUGUGGAAAUAGGACCGGGUCCAGGAGGGAUAACAAGAGCAAUUUUGAGAAAAUUCCCGGAAAAAGUUAUUGUCAUUGAAAAGGAUACAAGAUUUAGACCCUUUUUGGGAAUGUUGCAGGAAAGUUAUGCGGCUGUCAAUGGUAAAAUGGAUGUAAUAUUCGAUGAUAUUUUAAAAGUUAACAUGGAGAAUAUGUUUCCCGACGAAGUGGGGCGAAAGUGGACGGACGAUUGUCCUCAUAUUCAUUUAAUUGGUAAUUUACCGUUUAAUAUUUCGACGCCUCUUAUUAUUAAAUGGCUGCAUCAAAUAUCAGAAAGACGGGGUCCUUGGACAAUGGGAAGAGCGAGAAUGGCAUUAACUUUUCAAAAGGAAGUCGCUGAACGUUUAUGUGCGGACGUUGGUGAUGCUCAACGAUGCAGAUUGUCUGUUAUGGCUCAGGCUUGGACACAGCCGAGACUCAAGUUCAUUAUUCCUGGCAACGCUUUUGUACCUAGACCAGACGUAGAUGUUGGCGUAGUUACGUUCACACCUUUAGUUCAGCCGCGAACGAGUCACGAUUUUAAAUUGUUUGAAAAAAUAACACGUCACGUUUUCUGCUAUCGACAAAAAUACAACAUAAAAUGCAUUGAAACUCUGUUUCCCGUUGAAUUGCGAAAACAAUUGGCACUUAUGAUGUUCGGACUGUGUGAAAUAGACCCAAAUUUGAUAUCAACUCAACUGACAGUAGAAGACAUAGACAAGUUAUGUACUGCUUAUAAAUAUCUCUGCGAAAAACACCCAGAAAUUGUUAAUUACAAUUUCAGAGCGUCAAACAAAAUACUAAGAUCCUCAAUGACGAGAGAUGUUCAAGUGGAAGCAGCAAUCAUGUAAAAUCCUCUCAAAUAAAAAGAAUAUUUAUAAUUUGAA